UUGUCGUUGAUGGAGGUGCUACUACUGGUACAGGAGGCUGCCUGGUCAUAGUGCGUUGCAUUGCAUUCCACCGAGCACACCGAGAUAAGCAUCUUCAAAAAGGUCACGUUUUACUUUGUAAUAGCUUUCUCUCAGGCGAGUAGAGUCUCGUCAUCGUUUCGCAAUUUCUCCAAGUGCACUUGAACCAUUUCGUUCCAUUUACUCCACAAGAAGCAAGCAGCUCACUAACUCACUCGCUCAUUCAAUAAGAGAUACGCAGCAGUUUUCCUCCUCUCGAAGACUUUUCCUCCUGAGAUUAAAAAAAUGGAAGGAGACCCAGACGUCCCUGAAAAUGCCAAAGAGACGGAUAACUUGGUUCCAUCAGAGAAGGAAGACGAUGAAGGUAUUGACGAAUUGACGGCCGAGAUGACAACUCUUUUGUCAGAAAUGCCUGGACACAGCGGAGUAUCGUCGUCGUCGACCCGCGGCGACGAGGCUGACUCUCAACCCUCCGAGACCACCAGACCACAUCCUCAUCCAUAUCAUUUUAAAAACAAAUACACCUUCCGGUCCGACUCGGUUUACUCUGACGUUAUCCCCAUGUCUGCAGCAUCCAACCACUCCAACUCCCACAAAACAUCGGAGUCCCGUGAAAAGUCUGGGUCUUUAUCAUCCCUGAAGGCGAAGGAGUCGAAAUGGACGACCCUCAAGAAAAAGUUGGGAAGACUGAAUUCUAGCUCCAGUGCAGUGACAUCCAAUUCUAGCUCAGAAAACCCACCGGAAGAGAACAAGGAAGGCGAAAAACGACGACCUACAAAAUCAUUAAAUGAAAAGAGAAGCUUUUUCCAACGCGCUAAAACGAUGUCGAUCCUCCCAGUUCACAGAUCAUCCAAGGAAAGAGAUGAUCCUCCACCGCCCAGACGGGUGAUUGAGCCCCCAGAGCUGUUCAAUGUGGGUGGGGAGAUGAAUCUAAUUCCUCUCGAAUUACUAAUUGACGUUAAUAGUGUGGGUCUCAAAAGGUAGAUUGGAAACGGAGCAGAUGGAACAUCAAACUUUCUCCUCAUCUUCUCUCUCUCCUUCUCUUUACACUUUCCCCUCAUUAAAAUUAAUACUACUGAUAUCCGAGAAUGGCGAAAUGGCGGAUGGCAAGCUUUCUCCCUACGUAAAUUCUCUAUUUCAACUCAAUCUCAAGUAUUCCACUCCUACUUAUCAUAUGAAUAUGAGGAGAAUGAGAUGUCCCAGCCAAAUUAAGAUGCGAGAUAUUGAGUUGAAGUGGGAGUUGAUUCUCGGGAGCUUGAGGGAUGACAUUUCCUGAGUCAGACACACUCCUCGUCGUACAUAGACUUGCACACUCGUCGUCAAUCCUUUCUCAUUAAUACUUGAGUAAUUUAUACUAGAUUGUCAAGCCAAGCCUUUAAUAUUAAUUAAUACCUUGUCCCGUUGGCUGGGUUUGGGCCAAAAUCAUGAUUCGCUUGUCUGAGCAUUUCCUUCUUACUAUUACCACAACCAGUUAACCGUGUCGUAAAAUCAAGCCUUGCCUUUCUCGUUAAACUUUCUCCUUGCAGUCUUUCAUCCAGAUCCAGCAUCGGCAAACUGUAUUAUUACUAAAACCUGCUACCAAGUAGUGUGUAACGUGAUAUUAUGUUAUAGACCGACAAGGCCCGAAAAGGUCACUAGUUCAUAUUCGACUUGAAUUUACAACCAGGCCCACAUAUUUAUUCCAAGUGAAAUUCAAAUUCCUUGCGAAAUAUGCAACAUUCUUACACAAGCCUACAUACUUAGGAUUAGUUGUUUGAGUAAUAAUGCCAAUGCUGCACAGAAUACAUAAUACUUAUGUAAAGACUUCCUUUUGCGUAGGUAACCUGAAAUUUCCAUAUUCUUAUGAAACCUGCAACAGUUCUUUUGCACGAGGCUAGAAUUGACAACUCUCUUGUUUCACUCACUGUUGCUUUUAUUGCUAUAUUUAUAUUUCUUGUGUACCAGCAGACAUGCAUUUACCAGGAAAAGUUGUAAACGGCAAACUAUAAUCAUAGUAAUAAUGGAAUUCUGUAAACAAUUCUUACUUGUUUCAUUUUGCACAGAUUAGACCGAGUGCCAUGGUACACGUCCUACACGUUUUUAGGGAACAGACAGAUUAUUUCGUUUUUAUAAUAAGGCCUCUAUUUCCAAACUCCAUUAUUUUUCCACGAUUGCCAUCUCGUUAAUAUCUCGAUAUCAUACAUAUAUUUGACGACCAGAAAAUAACCCUCGAAAAAUUCUGCAUGCAAUUACAGCUUUCGAUUCCAACCUAUCUGCAAUACACACGUAUAUUCUGAAUUUUCUCAAUCGUGCUAAAUUAUUUUUAGGUAAAAUUUGAAUACCUGAACAGUUCAUUAUGCAAAGACGAACGUGUAUGCAUAUAUGUAGGUAUAUUGUCGUUAAGGCCUAUAUUUCAUUGUCAGAAUAUGUACUAGCUAUCGGCUAUUUAUUGUUCCACUCUGCGAUUGUUUGUUAAAUUUCUCUGCAAAUAUUGAAAAACACAUGAACAUACGAUCCUAUUUGAUUGAACCCAUUUGACCAAUCAACUACCAAGAAGCCUUGACUAACCAACGCAUACAUAGACAUUGAAACUCAAAUGCUUUCACCCAUCACAAUGUACUAGCUUAUGCAAAUUUGUUAUCAUUAUGUAAGUAGUACCAGCUGCAUAAUAUCUGCAAAACCUGGACUGAAAUACGAGUAACACGGAAUUCACGAGUUGUACCAUAUCUAAAUAUCUCAGUCUUAACAAAGAAAGAUCAGAGUCAUGCAAAAUAAUUGAUGACAAGAAUUUAUAAAGACAACUCUUAUUUGCUGUAAUGUAUAUUACGAGGGAUCUUGAGGAUGGCGCCCUAUUUAUGCGUGGGCCAUACAACGAUUAAUGAUUGUUCAAAUUAAGGAGACAAUUUUCUGAACAUGUAAUUUUGUCAAGUGACAAUUUGUCACUUGCGCUGUUUUUGGAUCUCUAUUAAACAAAUCUAAUAGGUAGGAAUAUCAUUCGUUAGACGCAAUUGUGCUGUGUAGCAAUGCUGGAGUAGUGUAAUUACAUGACAUUAGUGCAAGACAUACAAUUAUUAGCAGACUACGUAGGCAAUAGGAAUUUAUGUAUGUACUGUAUUGGCCUAUUUGGCCUUAAAUGUGCACUUCUUGGAUUUAACGGACAUAUUCCCGAAAACAGGUUGAAACUGGACAAUUGCGGGCACACACUAAACUGAAUUAAUGCUUUCAAAUAAAAAUAGAUAAUAAUUUAUGCAGCCUUUAUGUAUGUUUAUGUCUCACGCAUGUAGCAGCUCAUUUACAGAAUACAAUUAAUUUAAGUAUAUUUCAUCAAAUUUUUUUAUAUCAGAUGCAUAUCCGUGGAAGGAAAUAUAUAUUGUGUAAUAAAUAAUGUUAUGUGUUAUGUUAUGCAAUAAUUUGUUCUAUAUUGUAAUUAAGCCAUGUGUAUAGUAUUCGAAUAAUUAUGUAGCCAAUUGUCCAACGCAGCGAUUUUACCGAAUUGUAUACCUACAACAUAGUGAUGUCUCGACCGACAACGUCUGUAUCCCCAAAUAAAUAAUACAUACUUUACUACUCAUGAAAUCCAUAAUACCAAAUAUGUAAUAUAUUUUUAAUAAAUUUAGGAAUUUAUCCAAAAAUAAGAA